GGGACGCGGAUGGCGGCGGGGACCGGCGCGGCGGCCGGUGGUCGCAGCUUCUCCUUCAAGGUGGUGCUUCUCGGGGAGGGCUGCGUGGGGAAAACCUCCCUGGUGCUGCGCUACUGCGAGAACAAGUUCAACGACAAGCACAUCACCACGCUGCAGGCAUCCUUUCUUACAAAGAAGCUGAAUAUUGGUGGGAAAAGAGUAAACCUUGCAAUAUGGGAUACAGCUGGACAAGAAAGAUUUCAUGCACUGGGGCCGAUCUACUACAGAGACUCUAAUGGUGCUAUUCUAGUGUAUGAUAUAACAGACGAGGACUCUUUUCAGAAGGUAAAAAACUGGGUUAAGGAAUUAAGAAAAAUGCUGGGCAAUGAAAUCUGUUUAUGUAUAGUAGGUAACAAAAUAGACUUGGAAAAAGAGAGACAUGUUUCAGUGCAAGAAGCAGAAACGUAUGCUGAAUCUGUUGGAGCAAAACAUUAUCAUACAUCAGCUAAGCAGAAUAAAGGAAUUGAAGAGCUGUUUCUUGACCUUUGUAAAAGAAUGAUAGAAACUGCUCAAGUGGAUGAAAGAGCAAGAGGCAAUGGAUCCAGUCAGUCAGGAACAGCGAGGCGAGGUGUACAGAUCAUUGAUGAUGAACCACAAGUACAGAGCAGCGGAGGGUGCUGUUCUUCUGGAUAGUGACAAAACUGUGCAUCACUGCCCUCUCAAUAUGAAGACUGCCAUAUUCCAAGUCACAUGUUCUUUACCAAUGGAGUAAUAGAGUUAACAGUAUUUAAAAAUAAUCACAUUUAACACUGCAGAGACCUUAAGUGCUAAACUAGUGGCGCCUGUGACCAGAGAAUUGGCAUUUUCUACAGUGGUUAACAAAGCAAUUACCAAUGGCCUUUUUACAUAUUUUUCUUUAAUGAGGAAUAAUAUGCAUGUAGAAAAGACCUACUUAAAGGCUUCAUUUAUAUUCUUUUAAAUCAGAUCAUUAUUUAAUAACUUAUAUAUGUUGUUGUUGGAAUGGUAUACAUUUUUGCAGCUCUUUGUAUUUUGUGCUAGAUUGAAUUGUAUCACUUCUAAAAUGCACAUUGAUUUUUUUUUUUUUUUUAAAUUAGCAGAUAUAUGAAGUAAUAUUUUUGCAGGGCCUCCACAAACCUGUAACUGUCAACUACUUUGAUAUAUUCUGUUCAUCCUGUAUGCCAAGCUGGUAAAAUACAUUGUAAAUUACCUAUUAAAUAUUUUAUCUGCUUUUACAAGUGCAGGUGCAGAAAUAUGUACAUCAGUCUUGUCAGUGAUUGUGAAGUGAAUAAGUCAGUGAAAAGAUGCAAGCUUUUCAUGUGUACCGUUGAACUGUUGAUUCUAUUUCCCCUUCCUGAAAAUUGAAAACAGCUUUUUUUUUUUUUUUUGUUGUGAACUCAUAGCUACGGUAUUUUUUUUUUUUUUAAGCUUUUUUUUUCCUGGCAAGCAGCAGUAUUUAGAGUACCCCAUUAGUAGGAAGGGAAUGCUUCCUUAGCCUGCUGUUAAACGUUGAGGCAUUUGACUUCCAGCUGAAACAGUUGGAGUGUGCAUUUAUUUUGCCUCUCAGAAUAUCACUAGAAAACUGGAGCAAAUUUAGCCCUUGUCUAUCUGGUAGCCACCUAAACCAGUUGCAUGGGGAAACUCUUAAUCUGCAUUAAUACAUUUAUGCACCAAGACAGCAUUAUUUAAAAAAAAAAAAAAAAUUGAGCAUAAGUUUUUCUUGUGUUUCAAGGUUUGUGUGGGAAAAAUGAAUUGGCAUUAAUUAGAACUGCUUCUGACUUGGAGUCAUUAUGUAGAAGGUAAGAAACUUGCCAGACACAAUUGUAAAUUUGGGAAUACUAGACAAAACUGAACUUACUCUUGACUUGCUCUUUUACUUGUAAUGCUUUUUGAAGCCCACUUAAAGUUCUGGGAGGAGGGAUUUCAGAAAUAGUGUAUAAAUUACUAUCACAGAAAGAUCACAAAUGGCGGUAGUUAAAACUUCAAAGUGUUUUGUGCUCUGGAUUUUUUACUUAAGUUGUCUUGCUUGGAAAAACAGUAAAGGUGAUGUCUAUGACAAAAUAGAGUAUUUCUUGGCCUUCCUUUUUCUGAAGGGUAGUAUUAGUAUUGCAUAUAAAUGCACUGAAUGGUGUGUGUUACAGUGCACAACAGGAGUAGUACUUACUAAUCAGUCUGACAUGUAAGAAAUGCCUUCAUCUGGUAUCUAUUUUCUCUGAAAUAAUAGAUGGCUUUGCUACAGA